AGGGUGUAGUUCCCCCGAGAACUAGUAGCAAGCAUUACCCGUGUUGUAAAUGAUUUGUAACAUCAGCGGCACGCUAGUUAUUUCAUCGCACGACCACAAAGCAUACCGAAUAUUUUUACCGACUGCUAGAUUGAUAUCUUGAGCCACGACAUUUGUGUAUUAAGUGUCUCUCGUCCUUGUUGCACCUCUGACGGUAUUGUUCACAUAGCGAGAAAAUACUUCUUCCGCUACACACAGGACAUCAACUACAUCAAAUUAUUUCUUCAAAAUGCCGGCCGCAGCUACGUCUAGCAGCACGAACCAAACGAGCGCCAUCACGGAGUAUGGCGCUCUGAUGCAGCCACCAAAUCUCCUCCUCGAGGAUGUGAUGACCGUCUCGAACGUCGAUCACUCCAGAUUUGACAAGGUGGGUCGAAUCACGCUGGAAUCACAAGAGACCUCGACGAAACUCGAGUACGACGUGUACACAGAACUGUAUCCCGUGGAGGUCGGCGAGAGCCUGCACAUUGUCAUGCUGAAAACGCUAGCCCUCGGGGAGAAACUCGAAAGCUACGCACAGCACGAUAAAAGAGUCCUGGGCGCAAAUAUCGCAGACAAGUUCGGGUACAAUAAAAGAAAUUACUUCGUGGUUCUUUUGCUUCUAACAGCAUAUGUGUGUGGCUAGGAGAAGCAGAACACAAACUAUUUGUCAUAAUUGAAUACAAACCCAAAACAAUCACAGCUACGUCACUUACGGAACCUGCUACGAGCGGUCGCAAAAGGACGGGAAGACCACAGUGCACAUCAGUUUCGGUGGGCUUUUAAUGCGGGCCACGUCCGAGGACACACAUCUGCGGGGAAUCAAUCUGGAUGAUAGAGUGUACUGUCUGGUAAAGAAGGACGACUUGGUGAGCUGAAAUUCUUGGCAGGAACAAAAAAUGGAAAUACUAUGUUUCUGCAUUUAUUUCGCCCCAGGAGAGCUUCUCUUUUCGUCGGUGUAAAAUGAAAACGGACGGCACUGCUCUUUCGAUUGAGAAAGACGAAGGGACAGUCCCUUGAACAUGUCAUUGGUAACCUCGUAGAGUUGGAAGUUCUACAAUUGCGCAUAAUUUUUAUGUUACGAUCAGCUUCUGCGAAAGCUCUCUCUUCUCCGAGAACUACGGAGGCACCCUGGAAUACAACUAGCUGCGUCUCCCGUCGGGACCGGUUCCGGUGUUCUGCAAAAAAAAUGUUUAAAGUAGCGAU